UUGUGGCACAUUCUCUGCAGCUGUGGAAUACUCUUAAAACAAAGUUUGUUAUACAGAUAUUUAGUUCUCCUAUCGCAAACUUAUUAAAUAUUGUAAAAAACAAGACACAAUAAAAAUGCAUUUUACAAUUUAGUGCAUAAAAUUUUGAAGCGCAGAGUAUUUAAAAGAAGCUCGAUAUAUUUCAUUUACAUUGACCCCAAGAUCAUCAAUAUUUUCAAUGUUUUGUGCGUCCUUAUUAAAACUAAUUGUGCAGACAGCAACUAUUUGUAAAUAUUAAUUAAGAACUGUUAACGUUUUAAUCAAGUACAUAUUUUGACAAAACAUGAUGAAUCUACCAAGUAGAGGAGUCGUUCAUAGUCAUCCGUUCCCUGCAGGACAGGAAAAUCUUCCAGUUGUGAACAUCCCAAACUUGACUGCUCAAAUUGUAAACGGAUUAACAACCUAUAAUAUCGAAUCCAUGGUGAAACGAUUCAAGGAACUUCCUUUCCUCGGCAGCGAAGAAAAUAUCACCGUUGCGGCGAAAAUGGUUUUUGAAAAGGCGAUCGAAGAUGUCCCCUCGUCCACGAAGUUCGUCACGUUUAUUCAUUUAGUGUGCAAAAAGCAGAAAAGUAUUACCGAAAAAAGGUUCAAGGUGCUCAUUACAGACUUGUGCUUCCAAAACCUUCAGCAUCGAAGGGUGGGUGGGGGUGCCAAUAACAGGCGUGGGACGCUGCAGUUAAUGGGGGAAUUGUUCGUCUUGCACCAAGCGAUGUAUCACCAGGGAAUAUUUGAAUGUGUGGAGAUGCUUAUGUCUUCAAAGACUGAUGAUAAUCUUCAAGAUUUGUGCUAUCUCUUGCUCAUCGCUGGGAAGCAGUUGGAACAGCAGACAAACUUUAUAUCUGAUCGGGUGAAAUCCAUUCAAUCCGGUGCCACUCUUCCCAUGCCGAAAUUUGUUCCUCACCCGGACUGGAUGGAGGCACAAUUUCGUGUUUUAAACAAAUGUUCAGAGGACCCAAGUUUAUCCGGCGAGACGCGUAGCAAAUUGCAUGACGUGAUUCGCCAGAAACAAUUCGGUUGGAAAUUUAUAGUGGAUCGAAUCCAGCAAAAUCAGUCCAAUCCCCCACCGAAAAUUUCAAAAUCUUUCCAAGACGCAUUUCCUCCCAAGUCAGGGACGCCAUCGUUUAAAUCGUCGCAAGAAUCUGUAAGCUCGAGCUCUUCUUUUGGACCAGCUUCGAGACAAACGACGCUAUCAAAUUCAACAACGUCGUUGAAAUCAAAUUCAUCCGAAGUUAUGAGCAAGCCAGUCUCGUCAACAAAAUUUGAUAGUCCAGGUUCUUCUAAAUCGCAAAUCAAUACGAAACCGAAGACUGUACCUGUGCCGGUGGUACCCAAAGAUUUAUCCAACUUGAAACCGGAAGAUGCCAUGGUUCACAUACUGAAAACCCUUCAUGCCGGGAAUGUUCCCGCUGUCGCUCUAAAAAUCACAAACUUGCCCUUCGCCGACGAUUUCGAGCGUGUCUACGCCAUGGUCAGCAAUAUGUUGGAUAGAUCUGAGAAGGAUUCAUCUUUUCUGGCAGGUUUGCAUACUCAGGUGGAAAACGAGCUAGCCCAACUUGAAAAGGAUAAUAGUACAGUUUCCAAUAAUGGAAUAGUUUCUUCCCCUGCCGUGCAACAAGAUGAUAAGGAAACCCAAACAAGUCAAAAGUUAACUGUUGAUGCGGAAGUUGCAACCGAUUCGGAUUUUCUCGCUUAUCCGGUGGUCAGACCUGAAGGGGAUAUUACGCCGAAGUCGUCACAGUAUGGGAAUCCUGUGGAGAUCGGAGGUGACCUACAACCAGAAGCAAACUGGCAGAAAAUGGUCGGGUCACUAUUAACGCCCAAUUCCAUGGCACCCCCUGCACCUGCGCUGAAGUAUCUCUCGAUGUACUCGAAUUACGACAGGAUGUUGCAAAAAUUGGGUGAAGAAGACGCCGAAGACCUCAAUAUGGAGAUAUGUAACCUCAUUUUUCAAAGACUGAAGCUACGCGGAGGAAAAUUAGGUGGUCGAUAAAAUUCUAACGUGUCAGGUGUGGACACAAUUGAAAACUAUCGCCAAUGGAUAGGGACUGAUUAUAUAAAUUAAAUAAUAAAUCAGGAUUGUUCAGUAAAUUAA